AUGGAAGAAAAGCUGAAAGAAGAAAUACAACAAUUGCGGAUAAAACUUCUUCAUGUUGAAGCGAGGCAAGCGGCUACAUCCAAAUCAACACCGCCUGUCUACAUAAAAUCCGAACGAAAACUCCCCAAGUUAGCUGGAAGACCCGUCAAAGACUCUGAUCCAGAUGUCGAAGAUUGGGUAACAGACAUGAGAGAUCAUAUUGUAAAUAUUCCAACAAAUGAUGAGAAAAUUGAGUUUGUAUUGGACCACCUCACUGGAAAUGCUAAAACGGAAAUCCGAAUGCGUCCAUCCGAUAUAAAAAAAACAGCGGAUGACAUAUUGAAAAUUGUUGAAGAAACAUUUAAAAUUCAAGACAAUUUGGCCCAACUCAGACACAAAUUUUAUGAGAGAGAGCAAACAGAGAAUGAAAGUUUAGAAACAUAUUCCCUAUCCUUAAUGAAACUUAUGCACAGUAUUAACAAGAAAGAAGGGGGUGACAGUUCAAACAAUGAGAAAAUUCUGACUGAAAAGUUUAUUGAUGGUGUAAGAGAUUAUCAACUCAAGAGGGAACUACGAAGGUUUUCCAUGGAAAAUCCAUCAAUGCCCUUUAUAGAAUUUCGCGGACGUGUGCUAUUAUGGGUUGAUGACCGACAGCCAAAUUCGUCGAAAAGCGCUGCUUCAAUCAAUAAAGUUUCAAUUGAAGAAACAACGCCAGAAACUCAAAGCAAUGAUAUUCUGGAGGUGAUUAAGAAACAACAAGAGCUUCUUGAAAAACAGCAGAAACAAAUUGAUUUCCUCACACAAAUGGUACCCCGGCAACAGUUUCAUUACAGAGGACGCGGCAUUCAUUCCGAUAGAGGUAGAAGCAGAGGACGAGGAUAUAGACGUAGUUUAGGCAGAUCCAAUACCAUCACAUGUUAUCACUGUCACGAAGAGGGUCACAAGAAACCUGAUUGUCCAAAACUUUCAGCAACGGCAAGGAAGAUUUCUCUGGACGACCCAAAAGCCCAACCCUCUCAGUGA